GAGAGGCUAAAAUUUCUAGGACUAAAAUAAAAGUCAGAGAAAUUUCAGGCACGCAAAUGUGGAUUUGGCUGUGACCUGCGGACUGGACUCUGGAGGUUGUACUUCUUUGUUGGGUAAGGCGGAAAUUCUUCUGUAUGAAAGAAGGUUUUGUAUGGGUUUUACAGAAAUCAAAUCUUAAUGAAGAGAUCGCGGGUUUAGCUUCUGCGAUAGAAGACGAGGUUCUUCAAUUGGUUGCCUGAGGAGAAGCAGACAUCCGGAGAGUGAGUUCAUUCUCCUACUCUUCCGUCGCCGCCGUUUUCAUUGUUGCCUGCCUGGUUUGAUCGAUUGAUCUCUGGUAUCGUUUUUUCUACUCUUUCCUCACCAUGAAUGAUUCCAUGUCUGGGAACUGGCUAAUAUCGAAAUGAGGCCCACAAACUGUGUGUUGAUUCGGUCGAUUAGAAGAGUCGAGCUGCUUCCGUGUGCUAGACAUUUUGAUACUUUCUCAGAGUCUCUCUGUCGAACUUAGGAGCCGGAGGAUGUUUACUAGGCUCGUUUUGGUGAUUGGUUGAUGGAAGAUCAGAAACCUUGGCGUUUCUGCUAGAACGUCUUUGAUUUUGGUACCUUGAGUUUCGUAUCUGAGGGAUGAUCCAGAACUGUACCUAGCUAGGGAUUGGUUUUAGCUAUUUUGUUGUCGGUGUUAAUCCUGUCAUUUCUCAGCGAAUUAAUCCAACUAACUAAGGGUUUAACUGUGUUUCAAUUAUCAGAUUGAGCAUUGAUGUUGGAGUAGAUUGGCCGGGACCUCAUUAGUUUUGCUUUUAUUCUCUGUUGGUUCUUUCAAUCGGUAUUGAACUUCGUGUCUGAGAUUCUGUUUGUGAAGCCGACCCUUUCAAUUCAGGAACUCCAACUCUGUUUGUCUUAAAUGAUGGUUUCCAAAUUUUAUUUCUGAUCCUUUGCACUCGUAUCCCUUAAUCUGAAAAUUUUGCAGAGUAUAGGAAGAAUGUGGAGAAGUAGCAGCAGUCGGCUUGUGAAGCAAACCUUUCGAUUCAGGCAGCAAGCAGCGGCAGUGCUGCCUGACCCACCUAAACUCCUGACCCUCUUUACCAUUACAGCUCCAAUUUCAACUUCUUCUGCCCCCAUCUCCAUCUCCCAUGGCCGCCACUCUUCCCUUCCCACACUACGGAGCUCUCUAUCAUCCCCCUUCUCCAUUGUCCCGGUUCGCCAUAUCCGCUCUAUCCGUGAUGCCAGCACUGGUUAUGAUAUAGCCCCACCGAUGAACUGGGGGAUCCGGAUUGUGCCAGAGAAGAAGGCAUAUGUGAUAGAGCGAUUUGGCAAGUACGUGAAGACACUUCCAUCUGGACUUCACUUCUUGAUCCCUUUUGUGGAUCGAAUUGCUUAUGUCCAUUCCUUAAAGGAAGAGGCCAUUCCGAUUCCUGAUCAGUCCGCUAUCACCAAGGACAAUGUCAGCAUUCUCAUUGAUGGCGUUCUCUACGUCAAGAUUGUUGAUCCUAAGUUGGCCUCUUAUGGAGUUGAGAAUCCAAUCUAUGCUGUUAUUCAGUUGGCACAGACCACCAUGCGUAGCGAGCUUGGAAAAAUUACCCUUGAUAAGACCUUUGAGGAACGAGACACUCUCAAUGAGAAAAUUGUGGAGGCCAUUAAUGUUGCUGCAAGUGACUGGGGUCUCCAAUGCCUUCGAUAUGAAAUACGGGAUAUUAAUCCACCACGUGGAGUAAGAGUAGCCAUGGAGAUGCAGGCAGAAGCAGAACGUAAAAAGAGGGCCCAAGUUCUCGAGUCUGAAGGAGAGAGACAGGCAAACAUUAAUAUUGCUGAUGGAAGAAAACUUGCUGCUAUAUUGUCAGCAGAAGGUGAAGCACAAGCCAUCCUUGCUAAAGCUGAUGCUACAGCCAAAGGAAUCACUCUCGUGUCGAAAACCCUCAAGGAGAAUGGUGGAGUAGAGGCAGCAAGUCUGAAAGUUGCUGAACAAUAUAUCCAUGCCUUCGGCAAUAUUGCCAAGGAGGGGACUACAAUGUUGCUUCCUUCAUCGACUGCUAAUCCUGCCAGCAUGAUCGCCCAAGCUCUGACUGUGUACAAAAGCUUGCUUGGAAACACUCCUAAUGCUGGUGAGGGGAGUGCUCCUUCACUCAAAUUGUCAAGAAGUGUGGAUAAAAGGUUUGCCGUUGAAGAUCACCACAAUAUUGAGGGAAACGAAAUCAGAAAGGAUUCUGCAAGGCAUGUGAAGGGAGAGUCUGGCUUUUCGCUUCAGAAGAACAAGGCAGAGUAGCAAACUGGUAUCAUGAGACAUACCAGGACAAGUGAUAGGCCUCGAAUCAAAUUUGUUUUUGUAGGGAUUGUAAUUAGCAUGUUUAACAUGAAAUAACCUCGAGUCCCAGUUACCUUUUAGUUUUGGAAUGGCCUUUCCAAAUUGGAUAAUUUACGGCGACACUCAUCAUUCAUAAAGAUUAAUUGAGCAA